UAAGACACAGCAACAGCUUCACUCGCCCUCUAAUUCAGUGCUUUCCAAACCUGAAGAAAUAUGGCUGAGGACAGCAAGCUGUGGUACCUUCAGACUGACAGGAUGAUGAUGAAGCAUUAUCUGUCUCCUCCUGAUCUCAACCAAAGGAAUAGUGAAAAGACCUUCUACCAGAAAUAUUCAUCAAGCUUAAAAACUAUGAUUCCCAUCCGCUUAAGAGAAAGAUCUUCAGAGAAUCCACUGGACAAUGCUGGACUUUUCUCAUUUGCAACGUUUUCUUGGUUAUCCUAUAUAAUGCUCCAGGGAUACAGGCACAAUGUCAGUUCGGCUACCUUGCCCCCUCUCUCUUACCAUGAUAGUGCCAAGCCAAAUGCCAAAAGAUUUCGAUUCCUUUGGGAAGCUGAGGUGGCCAAAGUUGGACCUGAGAAAGCUUCUUUAGGCAAAGUGGUCUUUAAAUUUCAAAGGACAAGAAUUUUGAUCGACCUAAUAGCUAAUACCUUUUAUGUCAUUUUCAGUGCUUUAGGGCCAACAGUGAUCAUCCACAACAUUCUUCAGUACAGUGAAAGGGGCUCAAGAGACUCGAUGAAGGGAAUUGGCCUCUGUGUAGCCCUUUUUUUCACUGAAUUUUCAAAAGUUGUGUUCUGGUCAUUGACAUGGGCUGUCAACUACCGCACUGCUAUCAGGGUAAAAGUUGCAGUAACAACUGUUGCUUUUGAGAACCUGCUGUCCUUUAAGUCUUUGACACAGACAUCUUUGGGCGAAAUGAUUAAUUUCUUAGCCAAUGAUAGUUAUCGAAUAUUUGAAGCUGCCUUGUUCGGCCCAAUGCCCAUGACUACACCUCUGUUGAUUGUUGUUUGCACCAUCUAUUCUUGCAUUCUCCUUGGUCCCACAGCACUCAUAGGAACAUUCAUUUAUGUUAUGUUCAUACCCUUACAGAUGCUCAUGGCCAAAUUAACUUCUGUUUUCCGAAGAACGGCUCUUUUGAUGACUGACAAACGUGUGCGAAUAAUGAGUGAGAUUUUGACGUGCAUUAAGCUGAUCAAAAUGUAUGCCUGGGAAAAAUCAUUUGCAAACGUUAUCACAGGCAUCAGGAAAGCAGAAAGAAAAACACUGGAAAAAGCAGGCUAUGUCCAGAGUGUGAAUUCUGCUCUUACCCCAGUUGUUUCCACGCUGGCAAUUGUUAUGCUAUUUUCCUUCCAUACCCUCUUAAAGCAUGAACUAACAGCUGCUGUCGCCUUCAGUGUGAUUUCAGUAUUUAAUAUAAUGAGGUUUUCAAUUGCCAUUUUGCCAUUUGCGGUGAAAUCAGCUGCAGAAGCCAGUGUCUCCUUAAAAAGACUGAAGAAAAUUCUCACUACGAAAAUUCCUCCUGCAUAUGUGACGACCCUGAAGGACUCCAAAAAUGCUGUGGUGCUGAAAGACGCCACAUUGUCUUGGGAAUGUGCUUCGGGUGAACACCACACCAAAAAUAGCAAGGAAACUCUUCUGAAUAGGAAAAGUGACUGCAAAUACCCACCGAGGGUAGAUUCAGCCAUUUCUCUCUCUCAGUUAUCAACUGCUGGGAAUGACAGCUACAGUAGCUUUAUCCUGCAGAAUAUAAGUUUUAUAGUAGAGAAAGGCAAGGUUUUGGGGAUUUGUGGAAAUGUUGGAAGUGGAAAGACCUCGGUCAUCACAGCAAUAUUAGGACAGAUGUAUCUGUAUCAUGGGACAGUCACUGUGGAUGGCACUUUGGCAUAUGUGUCACAGCAAGCAUGGAUAUUUCAUGGAAGUGUCAGGGAAAAUAUACUGUUUGGAGAAGUCUAUGAUGAACAAAGGUACAAUCAUACCAUCGAUGUUUGCAGUCUCAAAUCAGAUCUGGAACUCUUAUCAUAUGGAGAUAUGACUGAAAUAGGAGAAAGGGGUGUGAACCUUUCUGGAGGUCAGAAGCAGAGAAUCAGCUUAGCUCGUGCUGUGUAUGCUAACAGAGAUAUUUAUUUAUUGGAUGAUCCUUUGUCAGCGGUCGAUGCUCAAGUUGGAAAGUAUAUUUUUGAAGAAUGCAUUAAAGAAGCUCUUAGAGAGAAAACCAUACUCCUUGUAACUCAUCAGCUGCAGUAUCUACGGUUUUGUGAUAACAUCGUCUUACUAGAAGAUGGGGAGAUACGUGAAAGUGGUACCCAUGCAGAGCUGAUGGAAGCCCAGGGCCGUUACGCUCACCUCUUUCAUAGUCCGCACACAGAAGACACAAUUAUUCCUGACAAAAAAGUUCUUUAUUCAAAUGAAUCAAUGAAAAGGGCACAAGUUCAGGACCGUGGUUCAGAUGUCUCUUUCAAAGGAGUGGAAAAUCCUGCAUUUGAUAAGGCUGGGGCGGAAGUUCAGGACCACGGUUCAGAUGUUUCUUUCAAAGGAGUAGAAAAACCUGCAUUUGAUAAGGCUGGGGCGGAAGUUCAGGACCACGGUUCAGAUGUUUCUUUCAAAGGAGUAGAAAAUCCUGCAUUUGAUAAGGCUGGGGCAGAAGUUCAAGACUAUGGUUCAGAUGUUUCUUUCAAAGGAGUAGAAAUACCUGCAUUUGAUAAGGCUGGGGCGGAAGUUCAGGACCACAGUUCAGAUGUUUCUUUCAAAGGAGUAGAAAUACCUGCAUUUGAUAAGCCUGAUGAGACAGGGACCAUGAAAGACCUUGAAAUAGGAAUGAUCAGAGUUUCUGCGACAGCUUCUACACACCAACUUGUUCAAAAUGAAGAGAAGGCAGAAGGUUCGAUUCCAUGGGAAGCCUAUCGUGCUUAUAUUAAGGCAUCUGGAGGUUUCCUUUUAUGGUUUUUCAUCAUUCUUCUCUUUGUUCUGAUGAUUGCCUGCUCAUUCUUCAGCAGCUGGUGGCUGAGUUUCUGGAUAAAGCAAGGAUCUGGGGCGACCUGCAGCUAUCCUCAAAACACAACCUGUCAUGUGGGUAGCAUCACCAACAAUCCUCAACUGCACUUCUUCCAGCUGGUCUAUGGAAUGAGCAUUGUUUCCAUGAUCACCCUGAGUUUCAUCAAAGGUUUUGGCUUCACUAAGAUGACAUUACGAGCUUCAUCCACCCUCCAUAACACCAUGUUUUACAAGAUCUUGCAGAGUCCAAUGCAUUUCUUUGAUACCACUCCCACUGGCAGAAUAAUAAACCGUUUUUCUAAGGAUAUGGACGAAGUGGAUAUGAGACUACCAUUUUAUGCUGAGAAUUUCCUGCAGCAGUUUUUUGUAGUCCUUUCCAUCCUUACGAUUGUUGCCAUUGUCUUUCCUUACCUCCUCAUCAGCGUGGCUCUCCUAGCAAUUAUUUUCAUUCUGCUCUUCCAGAUUUUUCAUAACACCAUCCAAGACCUCAAACGAAUUGAAAACCUCAGCAGAUCUCUGUGGUUGUCUCUGAUCACAUCUUCAGUCCAAGGUCUUAGUACAAUCCAUGCCUAUAACAAGACAGAGGACUACAUAAAUCGUUUUAAGAUGCUGAAUGAUGAAAACUCAAACCAUUUCAUUUUGUUUAACUACGCAUUACGAUGGUUUGCAUUGAGGACAGAUAUUCUCACGAGCAUCAUGACGUUGAUCGUAGCCUUGUUUGUGGUCCUCAGUCAUUCUUCUAUCAGUGCUGCAGAAAAAGGCUUGGCUUUAUCUUACUCUCUUCAGCUAACUGGACUUCUUCAAGUGUGUGUGAGAACAUGCAUGGAAACACAAGCCAGAUUUACUUCUGUUGAGCAGAUAACAGAAUACAUUUUGAAAUGCGCUACUGAGGGAUCAGAGAGCACUCCGGUGGUUACCCCUCCCCCAAAUUGGCCCGAUAAGGGUGAAAUCACUUUUAAGAACUAUCAGAUGAAAUACCGAGAAAAUAGUCCCAUUGUGCUCAGUGACAUCAACAUCCACAUUCAUGGCAAAGAAAAAAUUGGGAUCAUUGGCCGGACCGGCUCAGGAAAGUCAUCUUUAGGGACUGCUCUGUUUCGACUUGUGGAGCCAACAGCUGGCACUGUCAUCAUCGAUAGCAUUGACAUCUGCAGUAUUCGCUUGGAAUCUUUACGGACGAAGCUGUCGGUCAUUCCCCAAGAUCCUGUUCUGUUUGUAGGUACAGUAAGGUACAACCUAGAUCCUUUUCAUGACCACACUGAUGAUCAAAUUUGGCGAGUUCUGAACCAAACUUUUAUGACAGGCAAGGUUUCCAAACUACCAGGAAAGCUGGAGGCAGAAGUUGUCGAAAAUGGGGAAAAUUUCUCAGUGGGGGAAAGACAGCUACUCUGUAUGGCAAGAGCACUCCUUCGAAAUUCAAAAAUUAUACUUCUUGAUGAAGCCACAGCUUCUAUUGAUUCUGAGACAGAUAUGCGGAUCCAGAGGACCAUCCAAGAAGCAUUCAUAGACUGCACGGUCUUGACAAUAGCACAUCGCCUAAACACCAUUGAAGGGUGUGACCGUGUUUUGGUGAUAGAUAAAGGCAAGGUAGUCACAUUUGGCAAACCAGAGGAGAUUGUUCAAAUUCAGUCUUCAUUUGCAUCUCUCUUAGCCAUGACAAGGAAACUCACAUCAUAAGAGGACGAGAACAUCAUCUUCAGUGCUUUCUAGGUGGACUUUGGACAAUUAAGGCAUUGCAGGGAGAGGG